CACCUAUCAACAGCUAACUCAGACUUCACCACACCGUCAUCCAAAAUGGCUCCCAUUAAAACCCUUUUGAUCUUAUUUCCCGGAGCAAACACAUUGGACGUCCAUGGGCCUAUUGAAACCCUUUUUGCCACGGAGCGAGGUUCCUAUUUCAAUAUCACGGUUGCAUCAGAGACUGAUAUCACUGUGACAGCUGAGGGGGUUCAAAUCAAGCGCGAUAUCCCUUUGGACCGAGCAUUGAUCGACGCCCUCGACAAAUACGAUGUUCUCGUUGUCCCCGGCGGCCCUUUUGGGCCUGGUUCACCCGUUGAGGCGCAGGCGAACAAGAAGGGACAACCCUUCCUUGACCUGAUCCAGGCUUUUUCCCAACUCUCCCCUCAAGCAGGGGGUAAUGAGAAGACUCUUCUAUCUAUCUGCACCGGGGCUAUUUACCUCGGCACUCUGGGUAUCCUCAACGGCGGGUACUGCACGACGCAUUGGGCUUCGUAUGAUGUACUAAAGGGGGUCAACGCUGCGGCGGCCGCGGCAGCGGCAAAUGGAAAGGAAGCUGGCAAAGUGCUAGCCACAAGAUAUGUAGAUUCGGGGCACAAUGAAGCUGGGGUGAGAGUCAUCAGCAGCGGAGGCAUUAGCUGCGGUAUUGAUGCCGGGCUCCAUAUGAUCUCGUUGUAUUAUGAUGAAGACGUUGCUAAACGCACAGCAGCUCUCUUGGACUAUGCUUGGAGAAAAACUGAAGGUGUUCAGUUUCUCUAA